UUAAGCCACCUGAGCUGCCCUCUUUCAGUAUGCCAAAAAAGUCAGGGUUCCUCUGAUUUAAAAGGCUGCCUAUGAGGGCUUGAGAUAAGGGACACAUGGAGGCCUUAUCUUACUGCCCCUAAAAGGACCCUAUGACUCCACCGUGGAGUUACCAAUAGGCAGGACUCUGAGCUGAGUCACAGGUCACAAAGUCACCAUGCCAACCUCCCAUACAUCAUAAGGGACAACACAAGUAAUAGUGUCUGCAGGUUGGGGUAAGGGCCACUCAGGGAGUGGAGCUCCUUGCCUUUGGCUAGUGUUCUCCCCCCCGCCAAACGCUUACCUCUUCUGCCACAGCAGGUACAGGUGGAUGUUCGCAAGGGCAGGGAGCCUGGGUGAAAGGGCGGGAGGGGCUGAGGCCCCUGGGCACUGGCAGAGGCAGGGGCUGGGGCGGAGGGGAACAGGUGCUGACUGCUCUGAUCCCUCACCACCUCAGGAAAGAGGAGAGUGACAGAGGAGACGAUGGAAGUGAGGAGCAGGUGCCCCUGGGUGCCGGCCCCUCACCUGUUCCUGCUGCUCCUGCUGCCACAUGUGCUGCUGAGCACAGGACAAUCCUCGUACAGCCCCUCAGGCUGGAGGAAUAUCUAUGAGGACAAAAGGCCGCCCGAGGAGAAGAGGCUGAAACCCUGUGAGGCUGCCUUCGACAUGUAUAUCAUCCUCGACGCGUCACAAAACGCACAGGGAAAUUGGAAGGCUAUACACCAGUUUACAGAGGAAUUCGUGCAGAAGUUCCAAAACCCAAAACUGAGGAUAUCUUUUAUAACCUUUGGAACAGAUGCCAACACCCUCAUGCCUCUCACCUCGGACAGCAAUAAAAUCCAAACCGGCUUGAAGCAACUUGAGUCUACAGUGCCUGGAGGAGUCCCAAAUAUUCACAAGGGAUUUCAAAAGGCAAAAGAGGAGAUCCGGAGGGUAUACUACCAGGAAGAUUACAACAUCAUCAGCCUGGUUGUUGCUUUGGUGGCUGGGAAGCUGUCACCAACGGCCCUUCAGGAGACUAAAAAUGAAGCUAAGGCGACUCAGAAUUAUGGGGCCAAGAUAUACCUCGUUGGAAUAAAUGAUUAUUCUAAAGACCAGCUGGAUAGUAUCGUGGAGAGGAAGAACCAAGUAUAUGGAACCAAAGGCUAUACAUCCCUGCAGGACAUUGUUUUCCCACUCGUGCUGAAUGCCUGUAAUGAUAUUACGGGUGAGGAAGCUUACACGUACUGUGUGGGAGACCCCUUCACUGCUGAUUUUUAUGGGCCGGGUUUAACUGACAAGAGAGAUGACAUCAUCUGUCGAAUCACAGGGGACACUGGUGUUGUGGAAAAAGAACCCAUCGAGGUGAACUCGGAGUUCGUAAUUUGCCCUGCCCAUACAUUUCAGAAGGAAGGAGAGAUGGUCGAGAUUCAGUAUAGCCUGGACAAGGGCAUCACCUUCGUCAAUGGAAGCCUUAAAGUCAUAGGCAUGAAUUGUGUGAGUACCGGGGUGGGGAUGCCUCCAUGCAUAUUAGAGUCCCUGUACUGGAAGGAGAGAGGGUCUCAGAGGCGAGAGAUGAAAACAAUGUCCCAGGCAGGUCCAGAAUGUAGCGUGGGCAGACAGGCAGCUGAGAGGCAUCUUAGAGCCAGCUCCAGGCCCUUAGCCCUUCCCCAGGGAGCUGUGCCCCUGCUCAGGCUUGGGAAAUACACUGGGAGUGUCUCCAUGAGAUCAUCUCGGGUGCAGCCAGCUGUCCAGGCCCUGCAGAACCUCUGCUCUUCAGAUGACUGUUUUCAUAGCUCCACAUCAUCCAGAUGUCUAGCCCAGGGCAGCAUGAUGUGGGCAACUGAGAGCAUCAGGCGGCAGAAGAAGUGUGCCAGGGAGGAGGGACACCUGGGUCUACCAGCACCACCGUUGUGGCCAGUACCAGCUUCUGAGACUAUCAACAGUGCUGAUGCUACUGUGCGUGUCUGUUUAUACUUGCCCCUGGAUGUCCACUCACGGAUCAGCAGACUGAAACUGAACUGACCCAUUUGCCCACCAGGUGUCCCAACUGGUGGCAGCUGCCCUUCUACAGACACAUUCAGAGUAGAACUCAGGAGCUGCCUGUGGCUGCAGGCCCAGCGCAGUUUCUUCUCCCUCAACCCUGUCCUGGCCUCUCCUUUCAACUGCUGUUUCCAGGGCACUGAAUCUCUCCCCUCGUGUCCCUCUCCCAUGUCUGAAGCAUUUCACUUGGUCUCAGGGGGCAUGGCUUGCAGCAGCUGGGUGCACAGGGGCAGUGCACUUGUUGUUGGCUAUGAGAAUCAAGUCAGUUGCCCCAUUCCUUAAGGGCCUGGGACUUGCUAUGAACACUCUAAACCUCACAGGCACCUGCUCAUUGGCUUCUACAGAUGUGGAACAUGAGGUGCAGAGGGAAUGAGCCCAAUGAGCUUUGUGGAAGGGUGUGGGAUGGGUGGUGCCAUGGGGAGAUGGCCCAGUGGCCCUGCUGCUGUUCCUGCCACCCCCAUUCACUCUGUCCCCCAGCAGCCUCUUCCACAGCCAUCUGUGUGCCUUAACUUCUGUGCUUCUCACCAGGCCCCUGUGCUGUCAGCCCAGGUGUGCAGUGGGCCUGCCUGUGGCCCAGCAGAGGAUUCUGGACUCCCUGACAGGGCUCUGGGGUAGAGCCUCUGUGCAGGGUCUGUGGCCCAGGACUUCACAGGGCC